GGAGCUCUGUUUCGCUGCUCGUCUGGACACAUGUCUUUAUAGGUAACUGUUACUUUGUAAGCGCGACUAUAAAUGAGAAGCCCUUGAACUUCAAUUUAGUGCCUAAGAAUGGGGGUGUUGAAAUUCAUCCUUGGCUAGUCAUUUUUGCUUCGGCAUAUCCUUCUCUAGAGGACUCAGGUUCAAGCUUGGAGUUCCAUUUAUACUUUCUAGAGGACUCAGGUUCAAGCUUGCAGAAAUGAAUUUGUUAUUCUUCUUCAAUUUCAAUAAAUGAAUGAAUGCAGUUACAUUUAUACUUUCUUCUCCUUCAAGUUCCGACUCACAACCCUAGCCGCUCUCUUCUCCUUCAAGUACUGACUGCUCAUCCUUUCCCUGCAGCAAAAGAUAAUAAAGGAGCGACAAAGCAGAAGACACGUAAGGGUCGGGAAAGGGGAAGACUGCUGGAAGAGGUCAUAAGGGUCAGAAAGCGAGAGGGACAAUGAAAUUUGGGUUUGAAGGUGGCCAAACUCCUCUCAGGCAGCGUCUGCCAAAGCGCGGUUUUAAGAAUCCGUCUAGCCUCACCUUUCAGUACUACAUUCAUCAGUGGCCACUGUAACUGCAAACCCGAUAGAGAAGGAAUGGCCGCUGCAUCAAUGGAUAUCUCUCUGACAAGCUUUGUCCUACCGAAACGUGCUUGCUUCCAUUUUACGUCAAGGAACGGCUGGAUAUUUACAAUCAGAUGCUCUUCUUCUCCUUCACUCCCCAUGGACGGUUUAUCUGUUGGGUUGACUGAAAAGCCAUGGAAGACGGCUGAUGCGAGGCUUGUUCUUGAAGAUGGUAAAGGAAUCCAAGUUGGUGAAGUAGUAUUCAAUACACGUGCCAUAACACAUAGACUGAGACAAGAUGGAAGUCUUAUAGGCGUGUUAAGCACUGAAAAUGAUAAAUCGGAUGAACAACUUUUGGAGAUGUCUCAGCAUUGGAAUAUAGUAGUGAUUUUGCAGGACCUCAAUGAUAGGAAAAGAACUUGUGGAUAUCUUUUAUGGUCUGUUAUGGAGAGUAGUAUCUUGGUCUUAAAGUGUCUUUAUCCUCCACUGAAGAAGUUGAAUUCAUUGCAGCUGCAUCAUGUUUUUGUAAGAAGCUAUAUGGUUAAGAAGGAUUUAAGGAAGUAAAUCAUGCUCUUGUUGUGUUACCGCGGUAUUAUGUGACAAUAAUUUAACAAUCAAGCUAUCAAACAAAUCCUUUCAUGUAUGGACGAAUCAAACAUAUAGAUGCCAGAUUUUAUUUUUUUUCGUGAACUUACCCAGAAUGAAAUUGUAAAUAUAGAGUAUUGCAAUACUCAAUAAUAAAUUGCAGACAUGCUUUUGAGAAACUGUGAGAUUUGUUAAGUGUUUGUGUUGAUCAAGCACUCUACGGAAUGUUGCUAAUUCUCAUGUUCUUUC